ACAGGCAACCACAAGGGAAGGUUUUACCUUUUCUGUAGCCAGCCGCAGUCAUGCGUUCAAGUCUCGCCCUAUGUGCGGUGGGCAUGGUGGGCCGGCCGGGGCAAGGGAUGGCAAGCACCAGAAGAGCAGCACUUGGGAAGGCAGUUGCCUCGCGCGACCUGUCCGGAGUCAUUUUCAGCAAGUGGAGUCGCUUGUUCCACGCUCAAAGCUUUGGCUACGUGGGUGGCAUGACGAAGGCCGUGAAGGCCGGAAGUAGCAGCCUGGUAAACAGCACAGGAAAACGACCGCCGGCCCUGGAGGCCUCGCGCACGGGCACAGCUCGACACGGUGGACGGUCCCUUGUGUGUGGUAGCAGAUACGGAGCUGUCAAGUGGAUGCAGGGGCAGGGACGGAGAUUCUCCGUCUACAGGAAGCGAGAGAAGUUGACGGUGGUGCUGGACAUGGACGAAUGCCUGCUCCACAGCCGUUUCGAGGAGGACAUGCGGGACGAACGGGGCCGGGAGCUGGCCCAUCAACUUCUUCCCAACGGUGACUCGGAGUCUUUCCACUACCAGCACCAGGCGGAUGUAGGGGAGGCCUUGGGAGACGUUCGCCACCGGAGUGUGGAUUAUUUUUGGCUAGAGUUGGAGGAGGGAGAGCGGGUGCGAGUUAACCUCCGGCCCGGUGUAGAGGCCUUCCUGCAGCGCCUGAGCGACGAGUACAACGUCUUUGUGUUCACAGCCGCCACAGAGACCUAUGCCCGACCAGUGUUGGACCGGUUAGACCCCACCGGUUCCCUGUUGGACGGCCGCUUCUACCGACCCGCCUGUCGGCAUGUGCACGGCACGUAUCUGAAGGACUUAAGGAGGAUUCAAGCGGGCUUGGGGAAGGCGGAUUUGUCCCGGGUGGUGCUGGUGGACAACAACCCCUUGUCCUUCGUGCCUCAGCCCGAGAACGGCAUCCUCGUCCCCUCCUUCUACGACGACGCCGAGGAUCGAACCCUGGAGGCAGUGGGUGAGAUGAUCGACCGGCGCUUAGCCCCCUUGGACGACGUCCGUCCCUUUUUGGGCGACUUGUUUCAAUUGCGCGCUCAGCUCCAGCUGGUCCGACGCCGCCUGUUGGGAGCGGAGGAGCGGAAAGAGGCCGUGGGAGAGGCCGGGAGGGAGGCUGGGGAGGGGCAGUGGCAAGGCCAGGAGAAGAGCGGAUGAUCACGCAAAGCCGUGGUGCGGGAAGGGCUUGUCCGAGGAGCGUGCAGUAUGUACAUAGCAUUUGAGCAUCUAAAUAAGCCACUGGUGACUUGAUCAGGGGCAGGGGGAAAAACCUUGAGCACAGAGAGGCACGUCCCUGCAUCUUGCGAGGGCGUGGGUUUUGUAACGGCCUAAGAAAAGAAUUGCCAUGUCAAUUUUUCGAA